AUGGAGAUUGUCGGGGAGAAGGAGGCGGAUGGCAGGGUAUCUUCUUCCCCUCCCUCUGAAGCGGACGCGGAAGUCGAGGACCGCGAGCGGCAGGCGCGUGAGCUCAAAUCCGGUCUCCAUCCUCUGAGGGUAGCAGUGUCUCUGUCUAUCUUGCUCACUGUCUCUCUUCAUCGUAUGUGCGCUUAGGGUGGAUUCGUCGUCUUCCUUCAUUUUAUGAAAUGACAUUCAUCAUGCAUCAUGAGAGUCCCCGUCUAUUUUUGGGACCGGAUUUUUUGAUUUUUCUUGAAAGUGGAGUAGUUUACGUCUUCUGGUCACCUCACCGAUUGCUGGAAAAUGGCUCGCUGACGCUCAGAAGUGGGGGAUUGUGAUGGGGAUCGGGGUCACCACAACUCCUACUAUAUUCCUCUCCUCAACCUCUUCGCUUUUUAUAUGAGAAGGUGGUGUCCCGGCGGCGAUUUCAUGAUCCUUUAGUUGACGUCUAACAUUUGCAGAAAUGAGGGAUUCUGCGAGUUGAGCUACGGAGUGCCUAUAAAUUUAAUAUUUUCAGGGAUUUUCAUCUAGAUUAUGCAUCCAAAAAGCUCUUUCAAGCGUAGAGCGGAUAUUCUAGGAAUGUCUUGAGAUGCUGUGCUUGAAGAUGGUGGGUAGUUAUUACCGUUGGUGGACAGGUCUUGGAAAGCAGACUUUAUCGUCCGGUUUGAAUUUUUUUCUAGGUUCUUGCGAAGCUUGUUAAACUGGAAAAGGGUAAAUAUAUUCGAUUGAACAGAGACGCGUAGAAGUUUUCUUGCACUAAUUACUGCAUGUAUCAAAAAGUUAUGAAUUCUUGGUGUAUUCACCUUUUUCAAUUACAAAUGUGAGCGUUGCUACUUUUUUUUUGUUUUGUUUUUGUUGUCCUGUACUUUUUGUUAUGGUGAAUGUUUCUGAUAUAAUAUUUGCUUUAUCCUUCAGAACAAAUAUGUGUUUUGGUAUACAAGAAGAACACCAGGGGUUCGCAGCCAAACAUCUUAUGAAGACAAUAUAAAGAAGAUUGUAGAUUUUAGUACGGUACAUUUCUACCAUGAAGAUUUGAUCUUUGAAGUCAUGAUCUUAGUAAUACUUAACAUCUUCUUUGUUCAAAACGUAGUUGUUUUGUUCACCUGUGGUAUAUUUAUAGGUUGAAGGCUUUUGGGUUUGUUAUUGCCAUUUGGCGCGCCCAUCCUCUUUGCCGAGUCCAACAGAUUUGCACCUUUUCAAAGAGGGUAUUCGGCCACUUUGGGAGGUAUAUUUUAUAAUUAGAACGAAGAAUCAUGCCAUAAAUAUUCACUUAACAUGAUAACAGGAAUAUCUAAUGAUUGACAGGAAGCCUAUUUUAUUUCUUUUUCAUCUCAUACAAGAGAUCUAUUUGGCUAGGAUUCUGCAAAUUGCAAUGGCGGAAAGUGGAUUAUACGGUUUAAAAAGGCUGUUUCCGGUCGUUUCUGGGAAGACUUGGUAUGUUUUAACUGUGUAUUGGUUUCCAUUUGAAUUGUCUAUUCUAGUUUUGUUCUUAUAAAAGUGAAUAGAUGUCUGUGAAGAUAAUCAAAUACCAUAAAACACUUUAAACUUUUUAUUUCCCACAAAGCAUCACAUGGUAUUUUUUCCCUUCAUGAUCGUUCAUAUACUGUAUGCGAAUAAUUGUCUUCAUGAAUUUAAUAUUUGUUCAUUUUCCCUCAAAAAAUUCUGCUUAUGUUUUUGUACCUUCGAAGUACUGUCAUAGUAGCUAUUUUUUAACAUGAUUUUAUUGAAACAUUUGCGUGGACCCUAUUUUUGAUUAUUUAUGCUUCCGCAAUCUUUCAAAAGCAUGAAAGUUGGUGGUAGAAUGCACUAAAAAUAUAUUGUGCAUAUGCAGUUUUUUUAAUUGUCACGGAUAUUUUGUAUGUUUGUAUAGCAUAAUUAGAGUUGUUUGUUGAACGUUAAGCUCAAUGGUCUCAAUGUCUCCAAAACAUUGCGAAUUUAUAAUAUCAUUUCUGGGCCAUAUUUCAAAUGAAGGUCAUCUUUUUCCUGAUUCAUAUGUAGGGGACUUACGCUUAUGCUGUUACGUUCAUUAUUAUUUGUUUGUGACAGCAUGCAGCGUUCUGUCAUUUCAUCUCAACUUCCUCUCCUCUGUGAAUUUUCCUACAGAUAGUUCUCUCUUUCUGAGGUAUUCAUUGAGAUAAGACCAAUAGUUCCAUGAAUGUAAUAUACUUGAGGUUCAUUUUCAAGUUGAUAAGGUUAUGUAUUCAUUGGGUACUGUGAGAAAAACGUGGAAUUAGGAGUUAAUUUCUGUUGGUCAGUUUCCUACUUGAGAGCAGUUUUCUCGUCCGAGUAAACUAGUUUGUCAGUUUCCUAGUUUGGUCAGUUCCCGGUUGCUCAGUUUCUUAACCUAGGUAGUUUCCUUCUUUUUUCGGGCCAGGGUAAUUGUAUAUAACUAGCAAUUACUCUAUGAUUUGAGUAGCAGAAGAAAAUUUUCGUCACUGUUUAUCCUUGUAUGGUUUGUGUCAGGUCUCACAAAGACAUGAAUGGGUGUACUGUUAUGUUUUAUGCCAACAUUUAAGAAACCUUCUACGCAUCAGUCAAAGCCUAUAGCAAGAUAUUAACAUUCACUUUAUCUCAUUAUAAAAACAAACCGUGGCUAGUCGUUAGAUAUGGUCACAAAUAAAUUUAAACUCCUUUCUGAGAAAAAACAUUGUUUGAAUGAGCGACCUUUCUGCUCAUUCUGUGCUCUGUGUUCCCUUUCUGCAGCCGAUGCAUUUUCAGCGUGUCCGUGACUCCUCUAUUAGUCUCCUAUUGUUUUGUUGUUAUUUGGACUAGUUUCUGUUAAAUGUCAUGGGGGGAUAACUGCAAGGAACAAGUGGCCCUAGGAUCCCUCCUGUACCCACCUGUAAAAGAGUUGCUAACUGUAUGACGACCCUCCUCAAAAUCCUCUUCACUAUAUCACCAUUUUCAAUGGGAGUGGAGUGUAAAUUUAAGAUGGCUGAUGAUGCAUAGUACCCCCGUUACAAUGAUAUGAUAAGCUAACAUAAUUAUGAAUUUACCUCCUUUAUCUCAUUUACAACGCCUCAGGCAUCUCUAUUAUUGUCCAUGAUUGGUCUUUGUGUAAGUCAAGUGUUCGACUGCCCCUCUAAGGCUUCUUUUGGAUCUGAGACAGCCAAUUUCUCCGAGCCUACGACAAUGGAGCCUUUGACACUGUAAUAUUCGCGUCAUCUGUUACUCUCGAAAGUGAAGGAUAUCAUUUAGGGCUUCACCGCAUAUCAUUCCAAGAUAGGGCCUUAUUGUUCAUGUCACAGACAAAUCGCAGGACUAGCCAUCACUACAAGUCUAUCUCACAUAAUCUAGAUACAGUACGCUUACACUAGAAUGAGUGCCCCUUCUUGAUGUUUUAGUUUCUUUUGACUGACAUGAUAAUUUUUAAUUUAAAUUCUAAUACCCUAAUGCUAAUUAUGCUGGCAUGUUUGUCUCUAGUUGACGCCAUCCUGUUUUCCUAUCUUCACUUUCCUGUCAAAAGAAUCCGCUUUCUGUUAUUUCUAGUCUCUUUGCAACACUUUCUUUGGGAUCUUGAGAAAUGAAGGAACUUGAAAUUCUUUUGGUUUUCUUAAUGCAACAAUUCUAAAUCAGAUUAAAAUGUCUAACACAACAUUUCCCUUUAAAUAGCUCACCCCAUUAUUGGAUGGGACAAGUUUUUCUUUGGCAUAAUCCGAUGAUUGCAUUAUUUUUGGCUCGUAUAACCCGGUCACUCUCCUUUUAUUGGCUUCCAUCAUAAGCUGAAAAUGUGGACUUGAAUCAUACUUUGCUGAAAUAUCUGUUUAUUAAAUAAAUCACAAGUCCAAAUAGAUUCCUCAAGGAAUUGAGGUCUAGAUAUCGAAAUAGGCUGGAUUUCGCCUUCUCGGCAGUGAUAAGCUUUCUGUCCCCACUAUUCCUUUCAUGUCUUUCCUGUCCCUGCUCACUUCUUUCUCUCCUCUGUUGUCUUCUAUUUCCAUAGCUACUUUUUCUUUCCCUUUGCUUCCCAUGUUUCAAAUUUGGCAGUGUUAAUAAGCAGAUGUGGCUAGAAUAAGACCUGUUGGCAACGGGAGCAUUAGUAGCUGGUAUUUUGGGUGAUUCCUCCUCCUGAGGCUUGUAGUCUGCUUCAUUGUAUCAUUCAAACUGUAAGAAUGAUCUAGACUGGCUGACACCAGGGAAAUUGCCAAGUGCAUCGCAUCAAGUAUCUGGUCUGUUCAGUCUUUCAGCUAGCGACCGUAUGAUUCCUAUUGUUUUUAAAGAGCAUCAAGGGAUACUUGUGAAAGCUUGGCUGAAUCUAUUCAAUUUUUAUUUUUUUUUCCUAGACUCUUUUUUUCCCCCCCUUUGCAAGCAGCUGGCUUUGGAAAUCAUUCUUCAAUUGAUGCACCGUUUCUCAAGAUUCAAAUUUGGGUUUGAUGAGGGUAUGUACCGAUGAUAGGUACCUUCAUCUUUUUGGAAGGAUGGAUGGAUGGAUCCCAUUCAUGUUAGUUGAGGUAAUUUUUCAUCAAUUAUGGAGCAAUUGGCUACUGCAGUAGAAAGAAAAGAAGAUCAAUGAAUGUGUAUAAAUGAUGAUCAGGACCAGGGAAAUUUGAAGACAGGUACCUGCUUCUUCGCUCGGAUGGUCAGCAUAGUCCUAAGACACCAGUUGUAGCAUGAAUACCAGGACCUUUUUGGUCAAAUCUUUGAAUCCAACGGCUCAUUUUUAAUAUUUUCUGAGUUAUCGAUAUGAGGUCUGAAUGCUAGUAUGAAAUUGAUUAUUAACUUCCAAUUUUUUUUUGAGACAUUAAUUCUUCUAAAGAUAUUCUCAAUGUUACGAGAAACAGGAGAAUCUUAUAGAAUUGACUUUGUGCAUUAUAAAGACAUUUAUCCUUGUAUAUUUAGAUGAUCUCGAAUCAUACAAUGGACUUCGAAGAAACAUCCCGCUACCCAUUUCUGAUCAAAAUUAAUCUCUUUUAACACUACUUUUGGCCAUCAUCUUAUCGCAGGCCAUGGCUCUGGUUGGUGAUCAGCUUGACUUUGGGGACAAUAUAUGCGGUGCAGUGCUGAGCAUUCGGUUCAAUGAGGAUAUCUUGAGCGUUUGGAACCGCAAUGCCUCUGAUCAUCAGGUACUUAUCUCUCACAUCUCGUCACUAAAUAAAAUAAAAUAAAAUAAAAUAAAAUAAUUAGAAUGGACGAAAUCCUUCACAUGGGAAUGUUUUUGCUUGUACGUCCAGGCAGUGAUGGCCCUGAGAGAUGCUAUAAAGCGGCAGCUUAAGCUUCCUCACAGCUACUUAAUGGAGUACAAGGCUCAUGAUGCUUCUCUCCGUGAUAACUCAUCCUACCGGAACACCUCCCUGAGAGGCUAG